GAUCGACCGCCGUCUGCCGCGGGAAAACUUCAGAUCCGGUUCGCUUUCCACGGCUGACGUCAUUACCGUUCACAAUGCGCUAGGGGUGAUGGAGACAGUGGGCAAGCAAGUUCAGGUAGUGAGUGGACUGGGGGUGGGGGGUCCGGUGGGCCCUGUGGGCCCAGUGGGGGGAGAUCUGCAUCACCAUCAUCAUCCACACCCGCACGCCCUUCCUCCGCACCCACACUCCCACCCCCACGGUCACCCCCAUGGGUCCCACGGCCACUCGCUCGCGACGUCGAACCCUGGCAGAGGUCAGCCUCAACCACCAACCUCGCAUAACCAGCACGUACCUGCGAGGUCCACUCCCGUACAGCUGCAUAGACCGACGCAAAGUUAUGUCAACAUCAAGAGCAGUAGUCCGGUAUCUCCGAGGACGAUAGGAACGGGAGCGACGUAUGUGCAGGGUGGUGCGGCAGCAUCAUCCGCGAAUCAUUGUACGGUCGAGAUCACGAAGUUCAAUAGUACAAAAUUGUCUACGCGAAUCGCCGGAAUGAACUACGACAUGCGAAUGAGCCAACAUCGUAACGCAAAACCACCGGUAGAAAUGAAAGGAGGGAAAAAAGUUUGA